CAUGGAGGAAGCCAAACUGAUUCGAAUGGCGACGGCAAUUAGCCAGUAUACGCACAGUAGCAUGCUGCGUGAAACUGUUCACAAUGCUGCAGCUAUGAUCAACCAGGCUGCCCAAUCAGCUAGCCAACUUCCGUGGAUCCCUGGACACAUAGUCACAGACCUCGUGCAAAGGCAACGAGAGCUUGCCCAGCUUGAACAUGCAGUUAUGAACUAUCAGAAAGAGCUGGCCGCUGAAGUGGAAGAAGCUCAGAAAGAUCUCAUGAUAAUGAAGCAGCCUCAGGAAUGUAAUGAGCUUGACUCGAACUUCGAUUCUGAACUGUAGGGCUAAAGCCAUACAACAAGGAGCGAAGACUCCUGUGCACUCAGGUGCACGAGAAAGAAAGUGGACGG